GAAAUGACGGCAAAUUUCAAGAACUUUGGGAAUUUUUUUUAGUUGAUAAUUUCCCCUAAAACGUUCUUAGGAUAAUGACUAGAUGUGCAGUUAUUAUAUGGGAAAUGAGCUGAGCAAUGGCAUCGAGGGAUUUUAGUGAGGAGGAGACGACUUGGAUCAAGGAACAGUCCAAAUUAAAAGAGAAAUUGAUAGUUGAGGAUAACAUAGACUUAAGUUCCGUUUGUCUUAUUGGAGGAGUUGACAUUUCUUUUCAAAAGGGCGAUGAAAAUCAUGCCUGUCCAGGCUUGGUAGUACUGUCGUACUCUGAUAAUGAUCAUGAUGAGCCAAAGGUUGUGUACGAGGAUUAUUCCCUUGAGCAUCUACAUAUCCCAUAUAUAACAAACUUUCUUGCAUUCAGAGAGGUUCCACUCUUGAGAGCCAAGAUAGAAAAGCUGAAAAGAGAAAACCCUCAACUCAUGCCACAGGUCAUCAUGGUAGACGGGAAUGGUGUGCAUCAUAAAAGAGGUUUUGGAAUAGCUUCUCAUCUUGGUGUUGAUACUGAUAUACCUACGAUUGGAGUAGCAAAAAAUUUGUUAUACCUUCAUAGCAUUUCAAAUGAUGUAGCACACAAAACACAAAUAAAAAAUGAACUUAAGAACCUAGGAGACCAAUUUCCUUUGAAGGGACCAUCAGGAGAAACAACUGCAAUGGUCCUGAGAACAAGUAAGCCAUGUGGAAGGACUGUUUGUAAACCUAUUUAUGUGUCAGUGGGACACAAGAUAGGAUUGGCAACUGCUGUAGACCUUGUCCUUAAAUGCUGUAAAUACAGAAUACCUGAGCCUACAAGACAGGCUGACAUCCGUUCCCGAGCAUAUUUAAGAGAGAAUUAUGAAAAAGAAUUGGCCAAGUGUCCUUGUAAGGGUAAGGAUGGUCAGAGUUAAUUUUCAAUAUUUGAUGAGAAAACAUAAAUAUUUUAGGUAUAUUUUAUAUAUCCACCAAUUUAUGCAUCAAAUCCUAUUGAAUCAAAUUGUCUAGUAUCAGCAGAGUACAUGUCUGAACCAAGAGUGUAUAGUAUUAUUUUUAAGAUAGAUUUUAAAGAAUAUUAUACAUAGAUAUGAAUUAGGGAAGUAUCCAAGACUUAAUAUUAUAAACCAGAUUUUUUAGGGUAAGACACUUUUUAAUCAUCAGUAAUAUCGUCUUAAUAAUUCUUAUAUGUAGUAUUAGAUUCUUACAACACCAGGCAUUGUUCUUAUAUUGAUAGUUAAUUUUUAAUAAAUUUAUCACCUAUU